CGGUCAAACCAGUUCUCUAACCAUCCACCACGACGCCUCCCUUUGCUAACAAUGACUGGUAUCUGGUCAAAAUCAAUGACUAGUGCAAGCUCAGUUCUUUCACAGACCUCCGCUGUUGUUUCUGGACUCUACAGCCAGCCACAUAUGAUGAUGCAAUAA